UUCUCAACACAAAGUGGCUUCCUCUUAACAGCGCAUUCAGAGUGCAAUACAGCAACAGUUUUUUUUUCUUUUUUUCUGUCAGGAUGUGGUCAGGGACCCUCGCUUAACUAGGACAACAACUCAUCCUCGACCAGAUAUUUAAAACACAGUGAACUUUAAAGAUCUUUUGAGGCGUUUUUUGAAUUUCUUAGUGUUUUCAUUUUGGAACCUCUCAGCUUUAACAACGUGAGGCCAGUAAUUGUAGAUUAGAAAUAAAAGAGCAUUUUGAUUUGGUGGUUUUCUGUAUUGGGUAAAGGAAAUGCCGACUGUCAGUAGGUAUAUGAGUUUUCGUUCAUCAAAGAGAUUCAAAUUUACGAGCAGCUACCCAGUAGAGAGCAGUGGUGGUGGGCUGCCAGCCAAAGUGAAGAAAAGCAGAAGCAGCUUAAGCAAUGGAAGCAUCAAGAAGGUGGAGAGCAGGAAAGCCUUGAGCUUGGAGGCGGCCCAGCUUGAGAUCCAGCAACAGCACAAAACCCUCACCAGACAAGUAGCCAUCAGCAGAUCACAGACAUUUGAUGUUGACAGUGGAGGCUUUGAGAGAACAGAGGGCACUGGUUCACAAAGUAGUUUCAUAAAGCACAACAAGACAUUCCACAAGUUGUUUCCAGACAUUCCUGAAAGUGAAGACUUGAUACAUGCAUACAUCUGUGCCCUGCAGAAGGAAGUGCCCUACCAUGGUCGACUGUACAUUACUGACACCAAUGCCUGUUUCUAUUCCUCAGUUCUUCUUAAGGACACAAAGGUAGUUAUUCCAGUUUCCUGCAUCCACAUAGUGAAAAAGCAGAAUACAGCUUUACUGGUACCCAACGCCUUGUCGAUCCGCACCACAGAAGGGGACAAGUAUCUGUUUGUGUCACUGCGGAACAGAGAAUCGUGUUAUCAGCUGCUGCGUUCAGUAUGUCCUCAGACAGAGGAUGGCAGCACAAACAGUAGCCCUGUCUUCUCUUCAACUGAGAACAGCUUUGAUAGGAGCAAACUUGUGAACUCCAGCCAGUCCAGUCUGGAUUGUAGCUUCGACCAAUUUGAUGGCUCUGAGUCGCAAUCUUUGCAGGACCAGCCUCUGCACAGACCACACAGAGAGGCAGUACCUAAUGGGAAUGUCCCAGUUUUCAGGAGCCUACACAUGCAGCAGAGUGAUAGCUCGUCCUCAGAGGAGCUGUCAGUAUCUGGUUCAGGUGGAUCAUGGGUUUGGGGCGUGACAGAAAAGGCCAAGUCCCUGCUGGUUCAGAGAGAGGCCAGCACCCUCAACACUCUGCUCUUUAUUUACUUGAUUUUGGUUGUGAUGCUGCUGCUGUCCUCUGGCUACAUUGGUUUACGUAUUGUAGCCCUGGAAGAACAGCUGACGUCUCUAGGGGCGCUGCCUGAGUUCACCUUAAAGAGCGGGUACCAAGACACAUAACACUCAGUGACUGAAGGAGAGAUUGGUUGACUCGUGAUUGGAGGAUUAUUUCGACCUCUUCCAGCAGAACAGAGUGGGAGAAAUUUUAAUGUACUCAAGACUUUGCUCCCAACAUGGCCUAUGCUGUUGGCUAGAGGAGAAUAAAAGGCCAACCUGUGCAAUUUUUAGAGACAACUUGUUAACUUGAAGGGCUAUACUUCCUCCUAGUGCAGUUGACAAACGGACAUGCCACGACUUAGUCACCCAGAGCCGAGCCAAAAUGCAUACACACACUGCCUGGUUGCAGCGUGUCAGUUGUUGAAACCAAAGCCAAACGGCUCUAACUUAGCAAUGUGCCACGCCAGCCAAGUUGACGGGCACUUUUUCUUACAGGAACUGUUCCACAUCUGUGAAGUUUUGUUUUCCUUUGUCCUUCAUAGAGACUCCUCUCCUUGAGCAUGCAGUCUAAAUAGGGCUAUACCAAUCAGCAUUAGCCUGCUAUAGUGCUUAUUACUGCACUUCAACACCUGAGACAUAGGGCUGCGCAUAGCCAAAGAUACACACAGUGCACAUCUUUUGCAUGAGUGCACAGAGAUUUUUAAAUGAUUUUCUAUCUCGUAUUUACCUUUCCAUCUAUCAGUGGUAUAUACAAAUCUGUCUCUGUCCUUAAAUUCAGCAACUGUCAGGUACUUCUCUCUGAAUGGUUCUCAUCUUUCUAAUCAGCUGUGGGCUGACAUGAUGAUAGCUGAAACCACAAAAUCAGAUCAGCCUGCGGAGGCUCGAUACUCUCCUGAUGGUCUUAUCCUUUCUCUCUUUCUCCAAUCAGCAAUGAUUGCAGUAUUACUUUCCUCGUCUUUGGUAUGAUUUAAACCAGUUUAAUGAUCAUUGAUCAGAGGUUAUUUAUCCCUGCAGUCUCAAUUAUGGAUGAAUGCAUCAUCAAUGCACAAAUAUUUAAUACAAUAGGACACAAGGAGGUUGUCUCAGAGACAUAGAUAUGUUUUUGCAUUUGACUUUAGUAGGACUUUGGUCUUCUUGAGAUUUAAAAAAUGUUUGGCUCAGAUGUCUGUUGAUGUACUGUCUGCUAGUCUGACCACAUUGUAUUGAAAGUACAAACCUCUCUCUCUUUGACAGGCCUCUUGAAGACCAAGAGGCAUUCGUAGAAUUUUCAGGUUAUUUAAAGUAGCACCAAUAAUGUAUCUCUAAAAUUCAUGCAUGUGUCUGCAAUAUCGACACUUGACUGAUACUGUAUACGCAUUCUCACUCUUUUCACCCAAAGAGGAGAAGUUGCAACCACACUUGCUGUGAGGUCCAGGUUUUUCAACAGCAAAAACAAAAUGGUCCCAAGAAAAAAUUUCAAUAUGCAACAUAUUAUUAUGCAUGGUAAAAUGUGAUUUAUCUAGGUGUGCUGUUUUUAAAUGGAGCUUGAUGUUUGUGGGAAAGAAAUUGUGUAAGAAAAAAAAGAUUUGAGUGAAAGAAACAGCUCAGUAGAGCGAGCGCACUUUAAAAAAAAUGUGUUGUGCCUGUCACAAUCCAAGACACUCUGGAUUGAGGAGAAAUGGCAAAGCUAGCAUUCUGUGGUAUCUGACGGUGCUAAGACAUUUUAAAUUGUUUUCACUCAGGGGUGGUGGGCACUACCUGCCACGUGGUUUUAGGUUGGCAUCUUUUCGUUUGUCAUUUCAGAGUCUAGUGCUCAUGAUGGGGUUCACAUUUCAUACAUUGUGGCUUUGGUGAUUUCUCAAAUUUCCCUUUGAGAAAGAACACUACUUUUCAUUGAGAUUCACUGGAUUGAUUUCACUAAUUGAUAGAACUGUAUUUGCCCCCCCUUCUCCCCCUUUUUAUGACCCUUUAAAACUGACCUAACAAUGCAUAUCCACGCCACAUCUCAAUGAUUUGACAUCACCCUUGUCGUGGAAGCUGUUGUUGACGAGGUGUAGGGAGUGGCUGUGCUUUUGCUACACCCUGUUUAGAGAGAGUCAUAUUCUUCUGUUCAGCUAGUUCUGACAACAUGCCGUGUACAGUACUGUCAGUUCUCAUAAGGCCCCACCAGGGGGCGGCACACACAUCCACUGUCCUCUAAUGGACACAAUGCAAGAAUCUCAAUGACGAGGGCAGUGUUUGUGUGGUUUUGCACUAUUCAAAGUGUUGUAAAUAAUUUUGUAUCAAUUGUUAAUGUCCUUAAUUCUACUAUGGUCCUAUAUAUAUUUAUUUGCAUUCUGUGUAAUUCAAAGUAGUCUCUGUGAGAUGACUUUGCUAUUGUUCAAAAUAAAUCAAACAUUGCGAAGUAAA